GCAAGACCAGACUAUUUAACCUGAACUCGGAUACUGCAGAAGAUCUUCAGUUCAAUGUUAAAAAAUAUAUAUAUGCUACUCUAACUACAAGUAUUCGUCAAGAUUCUCUAAAGUCUGUCACAGCCCAAACACAAUGCGUCCACUAAAUGACAGCGCCUUUGAAAAUUCGGAGGAUGUGGAGAGAGAUGAGGGUCUGGCCAAGGUGGAGAUCGCGCUCCUCAGUGUAAUCUUCGUGAGCGCCGCCAUCCUCAACACUUCUCUGUUGCUUAUUCUUUGGAGACAGCGCAAACAGAUGUCCAGAAUGCGGGUCUUCGUGUUCCACCUGUGUCUAGCAGACUUGGUCGUCGCUUUCUUCCAGGUGUGCCCGCAACUCAUGUGGGACAUUACAGACAGGUUCGUCGGACCAGACUUGGUGUGCCGUCUUGUGAAGUACUUGCAAGUUCUUGGCAUGUUUUCAUCGACUUACAUGAUCGUGGCGAUGACAGUCGACAGAUACCAAGCUGUCUGUAACCCGAUGGUGAAGUUUCAGCGGACGCGCACGAGAAUGAACAUGCACGUGUGCGUGGCGUGGGGGAUUUCUCUGAUGGGCAGCUUGCCACAGAUUUUCAUUUUCUCACAGGUUGAGGUUGCACCCGGUGUGUUUGACUGCUGGGCUAAAUUCGUCCAGCCGUGGGGGUUGCAAACUUACGUCACUUGGACCACGCUGGUCAUUUUCGUUUUACCUGUUAUCACUGUUGUCGUUUGCCAAGUGCGCAUUUGCCGAGCAAUUCAGAUCAACCUCUACCAGAAGACCCAGGGACGCGGGUUCCAGCUGCCCUCCAGAGCCAGCGGCGUGGCGGGCAUGUCUAAAGCCAGGGUGAAGACGCUGAAGAUGACAGUGGUCAUAGUGCUGGCUUAUAUUGUCUGUUGGGCUCCCUUCUUUACUGUCCAGCUGUGGUCCGCAUGGGACAUGCAUGCUCCAAAAGAAACUGCUACUUUCACCAUCUUGAUGCUGCUCGCCAGCCUGAACAGCUGCGCGAAUCCCUGCAUUUACCUUCUGUUCAGCGGUCACUUUCCCCACAGGCUGGUGACACUAUUGUGCCGGCGGCAUUCCGACGGCAAGGACUCAAUGCAUGAGGAGGCGACGCUAGUCAGCACUUUGUAUAUGGGAUUCAAAAAUGUCUCUGAGUCCAAGUAAGGGGGGCAUAGUACUGGAAAUGAUAAAAGCCUGCAGGGAAACGUGAAAUCCUGUGCUCACGUAAACCCAUUUCCCGAGCUCGCGCUGCGUUUGAACUACUGUUUGUCUCGACUGAUGAAGAUAAUACACUCUGUAUCUAUCGAGGUGCUUUAGAAGUG